UUUUUUGUUUGAAAAUUGCAAUUUUUCUUGUAACGGCAAAUCUUGAAAAUACGCAAAUUGAAACACGGAAACUUACUGAAAUUGUUUAAAAAGUUGUUAAUUCGUGUUAAGCAAUGGAAAUAGGCAAAUUUUCAAGCCUAAACAGCAGCGCUGCUACCAACACAGGCGAUCUUACUCCUCAAAAGCCUAGAUUAGGACGAUUUUUGGAUAUUUAUUCUCCAGAACACCUUAAUUUGACACCAAAACCUAAAGACAAGCUUGCAUUCAACAAAUUGACAAAUGAUAAUACUAAUAUCCUCACACCUGAAUUAUACUUUGAUACCAAUGACAGGAGCAGGACUGUCAAAGCGAAGCAUUUCCAAAAUGCCUGGAGGCAUCGUUCAUUUGAGGGCAACCAGAGCUUUCCUCGCCUGAAACAGAAGUUGAGGCCUAUAAGUAUGGAUCUUGAGACCCCAAGCAAAGGGAAGCCACCAGUUGAUUUAGUAAGAGUGGAUGGACCGAAUGGGUUACGUUUCAACACAAGUUUGGCGUCCGGUGAUGUAAGCGGCGCUGCCACACAGUCCCAAACUGAUCGCUUACAACAGUCCAUUAACCCUAGCAAAGCUGUCUUCACCAUCGAACCAAAUACCUCUAAAAUACUUAUAGUUAAUAGCAAAGCAUGCUCUUUGCUUGGUUAUUCAUCAGGAGAGCUGUGUGACCUUCGCUUCUCGGAUCUUCUUCGAAAGAGAAGCAGCAAGACUUUCAGCUUACAUGAAGCAGAAGACGGGGAUAUAUCUGAGGAUGGAACCAUUAUUUUACUUAGUGGAAAGGUAGUGGAACUUCUAUCGAAAAAUGGUGGAUCAGUACAAGUAUCUCUUUGGAUAAGACAGUUGGACAAUGACGGGCCAUGUUUGGUUGUGGCAGAACCGGUUAUGUGUAAAAAUGUUGUGCUAACAAUAGACGCAGACUCUGGUAUAAUAGUGUCAUGUGACGGCGAUGACGCAGCCUUGCUGUUCCAAGCGGAAUCUGCAGAUAAACUUAUAGGGUUGCCCGUCGUGUCUCUAAUACCUUAUCUACAGUUACCGGCAUAUGAGGCACCUAUACCGAAAAGUGUAUCUAAGCAGAAGGCCACUGGACGGACAUUAGAUGGUGGCUCAUUCCCACUGUGCCUUUGGAUAUCAAAACCGAAUAGCAUAGAACCUGUGACGUGGUCGUCUAUAAAGACUAGCAAAGACAAGCCAGUGUUUAUAGUUAAUGUCAGGGUAACGUACAACGUAAGCGGUCUGCUAGUGGUGGACGAGAGCGGGGUGAUAACCGCGUGUAACCAACACUUCGCCAUGCUGAUGUUCGGCAAAGCGCAGGCCGAAGUGAUCGGACACCAUAUCGAGGACGUCAUACAGAACUUCUGUCGCGAAUCCGAUCUGGUCAAAGUACAGGACAGGAAUAGGAAUAUGACCCUAUCGCCAGUCAACAACGAAAAUGAUGACUCAGCUUCAGACACAGACGAAGAUUCGUGCGGCGCAUUCAACGGCAGCCAGAAAUCUGCGUGCAUGUCAUUAAACGUGCAACAGUCCUUACUGUCAACUACACGAGAAAAGUCAUCGAGCGCAUUAUGUCUCGACAAGUCUUAUAGUUUGGUCACACAUACUCCAACACCAACACAGGAUAUGGUAUCGAGUUUGAGCACAACUGAACAGAGAAAUGACACGUCAGCACUUCCUGACGUCACAUCCGGUAUGUCAGGAAUGUCUAUUGACGAAGAGAACUACUGUCAAAGCAGCAUAUCCAAAUCAAGGUCAGAGAAUAUUCUGCGAUCCGAACAGAGCAACUCAAUCAAACAAACGCCAUCGAAACAAAACGAAAAAUCCGACUCCAUUUACUACACAUCACAGCAUUCUCAAGAAGUCACCCCAACUGGCAGUUCGUCCAGACUUCGAUUAAACGAUUCGUCUUUGCGAUUAUCCUUCGAUGCUGCGAAAUACAAAUCGAUCAAAGUCAACAUCCAAGGGAAAGAUGAUAAGAGUAGCAUAUCACUAGAUUUCUGUGACUCGAACGAAACUAGCGCGGAUUUUCUUACUCCCAUAAACGAAUUGCCUCCUUCGGGAUGUGAAAUCGAAGAUUUGCCGAAACACAACGGAAACGAUGAGAGUAUCGAGAGUUUGAGUAAUGAUAUCGAUUUGGAAACUCAAACUGAAUCUGCUCCGAGAAAAAUUUAUGAUGACGAAGGUCCCGAAACCCCAUGUGCCAACAAACGCUUACUCCGAGCGCACGUAACGACGUCGACUCCCCAACAAACACGUAACAGCAAAUCCGACCAGUGUGACGCCAACGACUGUGGGUACAAGAACGGCACUUACCGAGGCGUAGCGCUACAUAAAGAUGGAACAGAGCUUAGUGUAGUGUACACUGUGUCGAGUAUGCAGCUGGGUACGGGACGCACGGUGCGUUGCGUGUGGCUCGGCAUCCGGCGCGGCGCGCAACCCGACGCGCAACUCGACCUGGCGCCCAGACACACCACCACAGCGUCCAGCCUCGCCUCCACCGCCGAUAACUCCCUAGUCCUCGGUAAUAAAUCGGCCAGCAGCAGACCACAGUCUAUGUCGCUAGUGAGCCAGUGUGGAGAGGAACAGAUCGCAGGAGAAUAUAACAAGCAUUAUGUUACCUUGAAACAAAUUGGUAAAGGUGCAUAUGGAUGCGUAAAGAUGGCAUACCGUCGAUCAGACCGUUUGCUGGCCGUAGCAAAAUUUAUACUCAAGGAGAAAGUAGGCGCCGCAUUCUGGACUGAAGGACCAGACGGGCGUCGGUUACCGUUGGAGCUUAGCUUGCUGAUGACCCUCGAACAUCCUAAUAUUGUUAGCGUAAUAGAUGUAUUUGAGAAUGACAAAUACUUUCAAAUGGUAAUGGAGAAGCACGGUGCUGGUAUGGACUUGUUUGAGUUCAUCGAGCGACGCCCUCGCCUCGACGAGCCUUUACUAAGCUAUAUUUUUAGACAAAUAGGUCAAGCAGUGGAAUACCUCCAUUCGCACAACAUCCUCCACCGCGACAUAAAAGAUGAGAAUGUAAUAAUUGACAACAAGUUCCACGUUAAACUGAUCGAUUUUGGCUCAGCUACUUAUAUGAGCAAAGAUACUUUGUUUUCAACUUUCUACGGGACGACGGAGUACUGCAGCCCAGAAGUUUUAGCUGGCAACAAGUACGCAGGCCCCGAGCUAGAGAUGUGGUCGAUGGGGAUAACGCUGUACGUGCUGACGUUCCUCGUUAACCCGUUCUCCGACAUCGAGGACAUCAUACAGGGGCCGCUCAGCCUACCGCAGCUAGUGUCUGAAGAUUUAGAACAGCUGCUUCGCUGGAUGCUGUGCAAGGACCCAGUGCACCGAUGCACGGUCGCGCAGCUGAUGUCGCACCCGUGGAUCCGGCAGCCGGUUGCCAUCAACAACUACGUCUUUCAGGACAUCGUGGAUUGUGAUCGCCACGAAGCGAACCCGGAAAUGUACUUCAGCGGGAGCUUAGGCUCCCCGAGAACCGGGUCUUUGGUAUCCCUCGCAGAUCCUCUCGCUAAAGAACGAUCAAACCCUUCAGAAGUGGUAGUGCGUUCGAGCGACAAGAACAUUUCGCGCGAUGAGCCCAAACGCAGCUCUAUUGCUCUACACGCACUGUCGGGCGAACGAGAUGCCGCUUCUGACAACUACAGCUUGCGCUCUUCGGCUGACAUAUUAGAUAUAUCAUCAAAACCGGUCUCCGAAGCGGCGUUGACGGACAUAAGUUCGGACGCAACCGGCCACGCCGCCUGCGAUAUUGAUUAUGAUUGCGAUCCGUACGAAUGCGAUAGCUGGGAUGAGUGCGAGCAGGACAGCUUCUCGUAAACACAGGAGCGGGAGCAAGACAACAUGAUUCUUUUUUUAUUUAUUUCUUAAUGUAUUUGCUUGUACAAUUUAUGCGAUAUCGAUUAUAAUAAUGAUUGCGAUCCGUACGAAUGUGAUAGCUGGGACGAGUGCGAGCAAGAUAAGUUCGCGUAUACGCACGAGCGGGAGCGAGACAAACUGGUUAUUUUUUAGUUUACUUCGUAUUCGCUUGUGUAAUUUUUUUAUAGCAUGAAUUGAUAUUAACAUAAAGUGAUCUGUUAUAAUUCGGUCCAUUAUUCUGUUACAUAUUCGACGCAUCGAUUUAUUAUCGAUAAAAACUAGUGAAAAUAUUUAAUCGAUCAACUUAUCCAUAUCGUAAAAAUAAUAAUGAUGGAACCGGUUCCAAAAUGUAUGUUUAUUUUACCCGUUUGCUAAAGGCACGUUACGAAAUUUUGUUCCUAUAAUUCCGCCCUCGAUCCCAAGUUUUUAGGCAAGUUUUGCCGAAAAUUUUAACUUUACAUUAAUUCAGAUUAAGUUAAUUAAUAUUAAUGCGUAGGAGGCCAUAAUAUACAUAAAUUUUACAUGUACCAAUUUAUUUCACAGUGUACCUUUAGCUAAUAUGAGGCUUAUAGGCUUUAUGUAUGAUAAAAUUAAAUUAAAAUUAAUUGACCAAUUCUGUAGAAUUAUUAAAUUAAUAUUAAGUAGUGAAUGGCUAUUUCAAAUCUAAACAUUUUUAAUAGAACAUUUGACUAGGGUCAAGGCAUAUUGGCGCAAAGUCGAAGCGAAGAUAUUCAUAUUCAUUUAUAAUGCAUUCCAAUAUUAUUCACAAUGUUUCGUGCCAAUAAAAAAAAUGAAUCAAAAAUGUCGGCAUUAUUUUAUAUCUCUCACACACAAUGCCUGUGUAUUAGUGUAUGAGUGAGACGGAACGAUUAACGUUUCGUUUCUAUUAAUACUAGUGUAAUUAUUUGUUGUUUGAAUUAAACGCGUCUGUUUUAAAACAUUCCUAAGUUAUAGAUAAACAAUUUAGAAAAGUCGGGUUGCGUCUAAUAAUUCCAUUGAAGUUUCAGUAUUAAUAUUUCUAAAUGUUUACAUAAAUAGCUAUAGAAAAUUGAUCUCAUUACAGCAUUUACUAGGAAUUGAUUGGACACCUUGCUUAAUACAGAAUAGGGUAUUGAUCUGUACAAAUAAAAUGAUGUGAUAUAGCGGUAGUUUAUGAAGCUAGAGUUCAUUAUUACAAAUUUAAAAAAAAAAAUGUUUUUUUAAAUUAUUUUCACUAAUACCGAAUUUUAGCCCAUAUACCUACUACCGCUAAACAAAACAUCAUAUCAUUUUAUUACUACAGUCCAAGACCCUUCUUCUUUGUCGUGUCACUCUUGACAGAGCGGUCGUGGUCAUCAUGAAGCAACGUCUUUGAGGGCAGAUGUUACACGCCUCACGAGCAUUGGCCACUUCUCCCUGCUGGCUGACAGCCUGGUACACUCGUGCAAGGGACCGCUCACAGCAGAUCUAAUUUGGUCCCUAAGACCCUAUUAAUGAUGAUUAGAUAUAAAUGUAGUGAUAUUAGUAUCAUAAAAAAUAGGUCACAAUCCUCGAAUAAAACUUUCCUACAAUUUUUAUACCUUUCACACCAGUACAGCUUUAGUAACAUCUUCAUUCAUGUACCUUCAAAUUUUCACAGUUUAAUAUCGUCAUUAUAAUCGUCAAAAUCUAUUAAUUCUACAGAGCCUUUGCAUAUCACGACAUUUUUGCACCCUGUCAACAUAUUUGAAUACGUGCACUCGUGUUUACGUGUACAAAAGUAAACAAUGAUACUGAUUCCAGAGUAGUCGCAUCCUCUUCUUACUAAUGUAUUAUGGAAAGGACAGACACAUUUUGACAGUUUUAAAUGUAAUUUAGAGCUGUCAAACCUCGUGACUUUUAGCUGCCAUUCGGAAGCCUAUUAUAUAUACACUAUGCACUAAAAUUUAGUCUUAAAAUGUAAAAUUCAUGUUUCACCCCUUUUUAACCGACUUCAAAAAAGGAGGAGGUUCUCAAUUCGUCGGAAUCUUUUUUUUAAAUUAAAUAUAUUGGAAAGAAACAGUUGCAGAUACUCUACAUUUAGUUUAGAGAAAGACAACAGAUCAGAAUCGGCGCCAACAUAUUACUAAUUACUAUGAGAUGUAACAUCUUACUCAAACCAAUGCUUUAAAGCUCAAGUUCGUCUGUACAUCUAUAUCCAAAGGUCCAAGAGUCAUUUUAUGAAAUUAAAGUAGUGCUGGUUUUUUUACUUUAAAUCGAGGACCUUUAGGUCUGUUAUACUCUGACAUUUAUUUAGACGCUCGAAUUCAAUCUCGUACCAUACUAAGCAUACAGGCUGCGAUGUAUAGCAUUUGUAGCUCAGUUAAGUUACGUAGUCUGCUUUCAAAAGGUCAGCGCGUGCAAAGGCUCUAAUCGAACAAAAUUAUUCAAUUUUAUGAUUAAAAAAACCCUUCGACAAUAGCUUUGCUCUAUACUAUAAGAAUGUAAGUAUGUGCACUUAUUUGUGUACGAAAUUGAUUAUUAAUUUACUAAAAUUAAAAAAUUAAUUUUAACUUCUUAACCAUGACUUAAAUACUAUUUUACAUUGACUCCAACAUUUUAACACAUUUACUUAUGACAUUUAAAAAUUUGUAUAAUAAGCAUUGUAGCAAGUAACAAGGAAUUUUAUAUCACUAAACAAUAUUUCAGGAUUUGCAAAUUGUAUGUAUAUUAUUGUUAUCAUUUAUCCUUGCAUUAUAGGAAGUAGUAUAAUAUUCUUUAUUAUUAAGGACACCUUUAUUCUUAUGAUUACUGCUAAUGUUCACUUGUAAUUAGGACUUUCGAAGCACUACUAAGUUUCUGGUGCAACUAUCUCAUUGUCAGUGAAGUUGUAACAGUGUGUAAGUCAAACAUGUCUCCUUUACAGGAGAGUGAUAAAAUUGUAAAAUAUUCGUUAGCAACCCUUGAAAUGUAUAAUAUUUUGCAAAGGAGUUAAAAUGAAGUUAUUGGCGGCCAGCUAUCUCCUUUCUGAUUAGUCGGAAAUGAAAGCGGGUAAACUAUCUUCAUCUAAUGGCAUUAAAAUGUUAAAAACCACCAAAAAUGACUUACGCACCAUUAGAACUUCACUGACGCUAUGAAGACAACUUUAACUUGCAUAAAUCUCAAUUAUUAUGGACGGGCAAGAGACUGGAAAGUUCACCAUCCCUGUCCCUUGAUUUACACACAGUUAAAGUUAACUUGGAAAGUUACGCUCAGUGUGCUUAGUAUGAAAUUUUACAUCUCAUCAACAUUGAUAGAAUUCGAGGUUCGAGAUACUUUAGCGUUAAAGUAAAAUGGACCUUAAUUGCCUUGUUUUAAAGCUCAAGGUCGUCCAUACUUCUACAACGAGCGCUCCUAGCGGAAACAUUGCUAAAUUAAAACCAGUUAUACUGAGUUUUCUACUUUAAAUCAAGGUAAUUUAGGUCCAUUUUACUGAUAUGUUUCGAUUUCGAAUUCUAUCCACGUUGGGUAAGAUGUAAAAUCUCAUACUAAGCACACAGGGCUCGGAUUUGUUUGUAGUUGCUAGCUAGUCUAAAAAGAACCAAUGAAUUUUUUAGAGUAGAAAAUAUUACAUUGUAAAUACCAUUGGAUGUAAUUUGUAACAUAUCUGCGUUGGGUUCAAUAUUAUUAUAGAAAUAUUUGAAAUUGUGUCCACACACAAUUGUAAGUUAAUAACCGCAAGUUUUUAUUUAGGGUAACUUUUCACACGACUUUUGAAUCGUUGGGCCAAAUGCUUGGCGAAUAUUUGCUGCUUGUGACCAAUGCUUUUGACAAGGUUUUAUUACUAAAAUCAAAGGGUCUUGACUCAAUCCGCAAACAAAAGUAAUCACUCCGCUGCUGGUGUGCUUUGAACUUUGUGUAUUUUAUCUUUAACCGCCUCAUAAGCCCCAAGGAAAGUUACCCUUACAGCUUUAAAAUGGCAUAAUAAAAAUUUAACUAUGUUUACUUUAAAUUGAUAACAAAAAACAAUGAAAAUGAUUAGAGAUUCAGAUGAGCCAAAACUGCUUUACACUUAACGAUAAUGUUGAGCAGAAUUUAAUAUUAUGAUUGUAUUAGAAUAAAUUUAUAGUAUGGCUUAACCAAGAUCGGAUGAAAAGUAAUUUAACAGUGAUUAAAUAACUUCACGCAGGCUAUAUUAUGUAUUAUACACUAUCCAUGGAAAGAAGUUGGUAUAGGGCUAUCUCUGUUAUGUAAUCCCGUACAGAUGACAGAGACGAAAAUCUCAGUGGACGUUAACCAUU